AUGCCACACGACAAUGAAUUGAGCUUCUUUGGUGUAGAACUUGAUGAGUUGAAGCAAGAUGUGUUCCGUCAGUCUUGGCGCGGCGCAAGACGCGACCGGCAGUAUUCCCCGCUUGGCGAUGAUGACUACCAUAUUCCGACGCCCUCGAUACGAGAGCAACCGACAAUAGGCCUGGACCAAAGCACAGAAUCAUUGAUCAAAGAUUCAUCGAAAUCCGAGAAACAAUCUUAUUGGAAAAAUUUCAAAGGUCCUGAAAGACCUAAAAGGGUCUGCAGAACUGGUGUGUGGGCUGUCCUACGCCACCUUGCAUUUUUCCAUAUCCUACCAAUCGGAAUCACCCUCGCUCUUCUGGGACUUUAUGUUCACAGGAUAAGAUGGGGCAACCUCACUGAAGAGCAAUUGAACUUUUUGCAGUUCGCUGCUAAAGCUCACGAGAUAUUAAUCCUCGUCUCGUUGACAGAUAUCCUCUUGCAACGAAUAUGCUACAGUCUUUUCCAUGAAGAUGACGGUGUUCCCUUGGGUCUUCUAUCAGCGCCCUUCUACCUUGGUUCACCGCUGCAAUAUUUCUUCAGCUGGGAAUUCUGGGCUGGUCUUCUGCAACCAGGUGCGAAGCCCAAGAGGGCGCGGUCUUGGAUGACUGGUACGGUUAUCAUCGUGACGAUUCUUCUCUCCGUUGCGGCGGCGCCACUAUCGGCCAUCGUCAUGAUUCCUCGUGAAGGAUGGUGGCAGGUAUAUGUGCCCUGGGAUGAGAGGUCAGACCGAAGGACCUACUUCAAGCCGGACAUCUAUCCAAAUGACCUCGGUGCAGACCAGGCAGAUUUCUAUGUCAUCGAACAUGAAUCAAACUCCACCCUUUUUGACCCUCUAUCACUGCUUCUUCCUAUACUCAGGGACACGCCCGGAGGAAAUAUGGAAACCAGUCGGCGACAGCUAUCGAAUGUCUCUUUCACAAACUAUCCCCAGAGAAUUGGAUCCGACCGGGAGAUAUCAUUAACACAGGACUUUGAACAAUUGUCGCUGGAACUUGCGGUUGCCACAACGCCGAUGGACACUUUGACGAACCAAAUCACGUAUAGCUGGCACGCUGGAGAGCUAGCACCGAAUGAUCUACUCAUCAAGUCGUACUGGAAAACUCUCAGGUCUCCUUCCCGAAAAUUAUGGAAGCAGCCCCUCGUGGCUGUUGAGUGUGCCUAUAACAGGACAAGUGAUUUCGACGCAGCUUUCCUUUUCUCGGCUAAUAUGUCGAGCAACGAUGUGACAUUGACGUUUGACCAGAACCCCGAAUUCAAGGACUUGGUCACUGAAGCUCGGAACAUGUCAAAAAACCAGUAUCCAAAGACCAGGCAUCGGAUUCUGACGAGCCUGGACAAAGAAGACCCAAGGAUCAGUGCGAACUUCUUGUUAUUGGAAGAAGUGCCAAAAUAUUUCGAUAAUGGCACCCUCGAUGAUGAAUAUCCAAAUACCGCAAGUGAAAAGGAACUCGGGCUCCAUUUGUGCAGGGUAUAUGCUCGCUGGGCAGAAGUCGAUCUCUGGAUCGACCGUGGUAUAUCAAAUUUUGCCCGAAGCAAGUUUGAUUAUGCCCUCUUCGAUAUAUGGGAUCUGCUUGGUGAUACAGCAGAGGCAUACAAGCCUAUUAAGCUGCGGAAGAAAUGGUUAGAGACUGUGGGCCAACGGCGCAACAAAACCGACAAGAAGGCGGAUCUCAAGCAAGAUUCUAUUUGGGAUAAGGCCAUCGACAUCGCCGACGAGAUCCGGACUCGCGAACCUUAUUCUUCCGCCGAAGCAAACGGAAACUCACUACAGAUGGCGAUUGCAGUACAUCUAGCCGAUAUUCUCUCUCGAAUGGGCCCCGAUUACUAUGAUAAGAAGGGAAUCCGACCGUUCGACGAGGAUGAUGGUACAUCGCCCGGGCCAGAUAACCCUAUCGUCGAACACGAAUUCUUUCUGGGUGGCUACGGCUACAGCAUCCGAAGUAGCAACACUAUCCCUCUUGCUCUCGCCAUCUUGUUACUACACGUUGCCAUUGUCCUCAUUCAUGCUAUGGUCAUCCUCUUCUCUCGACACCGCUGGCUGAGUUCUUGUUGGGGUAGCUUCGGUGAGAUCCUUAUUCUAGCACUGUGUUCUAAGAAGCAUGAUCUGGGAAACGUUGGCGGGGGAGUGGAUAGUUCGCGGACUUGGAGUACACCUGCUGUGGUCAGGGCUGUUGGUAAUGAGGGGAGGCUGGAGAUGGUAUUGAGACAAGGGAACAGUGACGAAUUAAUAAAAAGAGAAGGCUAUGUCGGCGAAGAGGGAAUUGGCAAUGGGUAUACCCGUGUAGAGCCAGGUAUCAAGUAUCGAUAG